GUGCUACGAAUCACUGAUUUACUGUCUGCUAUCUGCAAUGAAGAAUCUGCUUGCAAAUCUUUGUGUGUUUUGAGCAAUGUUGUGAAUGAUGAAAUUUUGGCCAUUUGAUCUCUGAACAAUUCACCGAGCCCUUAGAGUGUGAGACGGAGGGGGGUCGAACUCUGAAACACGAGUUUCUCUGGUCGCCCAAAUGUCCCGCGCCUCUAAUGGCCAGAGAUUUAAUGUGUGAAUUAAAUUUGACCCUCAGUGCUGAUUCCUAUGGCAUUAGCAUUGAGGAAGCACCACAAAUGACAUGUUCUAAAUUUGAGCCGCAGUGGGCUUACGAAUGGCAGAUAAAAGAUGUUGAUUGGGCAGAGAUGAUUUUGAAAUUGGCUAAGGAUCGAACAACACCAAUCAACACAGAGUUUAUGACGCCUAAUAAAAUGCAUUGCACGUCACAUGUCAUAGUAGAAUGAGACUCAGAGUAUGAAGAAACUUGGUUUAGUGGUGUGGAGAAUGAAAGUGAGAAAUUUGACAAGAUUUUCUGGACAGAGAAUGUGUGUGCGCUUUCUGCCAGUUUGAAUGAACAACAAUUGCAGUGUUAUUUAAUGACAGAAGAGAGUGUUCCCCACCUAUCUGUGUCAAAGGUCAUAAAGCAGCAGUGGAAGGAUUUAGGGCUUUUUGUGAAAAAGUGCCUGCAGGCCACAGACAGGGCUGAAGUUGAUACAGACAUAGCACAGAGCAAAAGUGUUGGAGCAUUUAAAUCAAACUACAAUUUUGAUGUGCAGGUUUUGAGAACUGUGACUGCUGUUGUGAAGAAUGAUGUGACAAAAUAUGGGGUGGGGGCUAUUUCUGCCUCAGACAUUGAUAUUUCUUUGGCAGAAAUACCGUCAAAAUUGUGGGCAGAGCACAAGUACGAUGUGGGUUUAAUUAAGGGAUGCGAGCCGGUUGUAAUCACCCCCAAAUCUGACUACAGACCGUGUCAAGCACAAUACCCCCUCAAACAUGAAGCAUUGCAGGGCAUAAUGCCAGUAUUUGAUUCUCUGUUGAAGGAGGGAAUAAUUAUACCGUGCAAUGAUUCACCAGUGCGCACACCAAUUUUUCCUGUAAAAAAGAUUAGAGAUAAGGGUCAGCCAACAGAGUGGCGAUUUGUGCAGGAUUUACAGGCGGUAAAUUCAGCUGUCAUUGCCAGGGCAGCACGAGUGCCAAAUCCUUAUACUAUUUUGUCACAAAUUCCGCAAGAUGCAACAUAUUUCACUGUGGUGGAUUUAGCUAAUGCUUUCUUUAGCGUCCCAGUGGAAGAGAAAAGCCAGUUUUGGUUUGCGUUUGAUUUCAAUGAUAAAGGCUACACAUUUACAAGAUUGUGUCAGGGCUAUUGUGAAUCCCCAACGAUUUAUAACGAAGCCCUUCGGAGAAGUAUUGAGCCUCUGACUUUGACAGCUGGAACAGCCUUGUUACAAUACAUUGAUGAUUUAUUAAUCUGUGCCAAAGAUAAAACUACCUGCAUUGUUGACACUGUGACUCUCCUGAAGCAUCUUGAGCAGGGGGGACACAAGGUCAGUCUUUCAAAGCUGCAGUUUGUGAAACAGGAAGUAACCUUCCUGGGGCAUGUUAUCAAACCAAAUAGCAAAGCACUGUCUGAGAAACGGGUGCGGGCCAUAAAAGAGGUGCCAAAACCAGUUACAAAGAAACAGAUGCUGUCAUUCUUGGGGAUGUGUGCUUACUGCAGAACAUUCAUUCCUAAUUAUGCCAUUUUUUGAGCAGCCUUUACGAGCCCUAAUGACAGGGAAAGGGCUGAGGUCAUGUGACAGACUUGUUUGGACAAGCGAGGCUGAGGAAGCAUUUGAUAACAUGAAAGUGCAGUUGGCUAUGGCUCCAACGUUAGGCCUUCCUGUCAUAAACCGCCCGUUUGUACAGAUGGUCGAUGAAAAGAAUGGUUUUAUGUCUUCUGUUCUCUUGCAGACUCAUGGUGACAGACUGCGACCUGUGGCUUAUUUCUCAACGAAACUUGAUGCUGUAGCUGCAGGACUUCCACACUGCCUGAGAGCAGUGGCAGCGGCCGAGCUAGCUGUGAUGGCCUCAAGAGAAUUUGUAGGCUACUCUGAUUUGACUUUAAUGGUUCCACACGCAGUCUCCAUGAUUUUGCAAGAGCAGAGAACGUCACAUUUGUCUACAGCCCGAUGGCUGAGGUAUCAUACAAUUUUGUUGGACAUGCCAAACAUAACUGUGAAACGAUGCACAACUUUGAAUCCUGCCACCCUUCUGCCCACACAGGAGGAUGGCGAGGAACAUCACUGUUGUCUGUCAGCGCUCGAACAGGUGAAAGCUGCCCAGAGGAAGGUUGCUGAGACGUUUCUGCAUAAGAUCAGGCCGGGGGAUUACGUGGUAAUUCGUGACCUGAGGAGGAAGAACUGGAAGGCGAAACGGUGGCGAGGGCCAUUCCAAGUUUUGCUGAGGUAAUUUAAUCAGGAAAGACAGAGGGGUUAGUACUUUUGGCCUCACGGGUGUGAAGGCACACAAACACACAGUAAAAA